GCGCAAAGAACUCGGCCAUGGACAUCAUGCAUGGCAUGACAACGACGGUAUCAACAACAGAGCAUCUUCAUCGUUAGCAACGACUGCCAAAGACUGCGUACGGUAGCCGACACCCGGUUGGACCAUGAGAGGUCUGGGCGGGACCUUCUUUUGGAUACCCCUGAUAGUCCUCCUGGUCUUGUCCCUCCCCGCCUCAUCCGUCGCCGUAUCACCUCUUCCUCCCGAUUCCGCUUGGCUGCGGGGAGGUUCGAGUGCCACUCCCAACAAUGAUAACAAAGAGAAAGAAGCUAUGGAACAAAGUAAUAGGUUGCUGUCAAGGCAGUAUCUUCCACUGUUUCGAAACACGGGUAGAACGAGACGCGUGGGAGAGGUAGAAAGAGCGCCAGAGUUAAGCAUGUUCGAGGAAACUAUAGAAGUGGGGGAGACAACGCUGGGGACAACCGAAGCCCAUAUCAACCUGAACAACCCCAGACCAUAUUAUGGCAACGGUGUCAAGGGAAUCGGAACUGCCACCAAGUACCGUCCAAUCUACGACCGACCAGCACAACCACAGCAAGUGUACAUCCAACAAAAGACGGGCCCGAAUACUGGUACUGUCGUUGUGAGUUAUCAACACCAUCACAAGAGACAAAAGUAUCACCAUAAGAGCAAGGGGAGCAAGGGCGGCAAGGGCGGCAAAGGAGGCAAAGGAGGCGUCGUGGAAAGGCGCCCCAGGAGAAGUUGUAGAUCCAGAAAACGAUCCAAUGGAAGGAGAAAGGGAUAUCGGAACAACAACGAAAACAAUCAAUACACUACCUAUUACUAUGACGGAGACAGACGGCGGAAACAAAAGAAACGAAAACGGAAAGGAUUC